AAAAAAACAAAGUAUGAAUUGUCUCUGUUCUCCUCUGCCCUCUGCUUUAAUGCUUUCGCUUUCUCUCACUUUCUGGUCCUAACAAAGAUUCCUUUCCUUGUUUCUUGGCAAAGAUAAGGAUCUUUAAACUCUGUGAUUUCUCAAUCUCGUUGCUGUAAUCUCUGAGAGGAUUCUUUUGCACAGAGAAGCCAAGAAUACAUCGCCUGAGAGAGUUAUAUCUAUAUAUGAUUUGACAUUGACAUGGGUUCAAUCAACAAAGACACAGUUCACUACUGUUGUGUCUCAAGAGGCAAUCAGAUUCUGUUCGGUUACAACAACGGAGGAGACCACCACCAUAACGAAAGUCUCGCUGCGUUAUGUCUGGAAAAGACUCCGCCUUUCCACAAGUGGUACUUCGAAACCAUAAGUAAGAGGACUUUCGGGUUCUUGAUUGAAGAUGGGCUCGUGUAUUUCGCCAUUGCUGAUGAGGUUUUCAAGAGAUCUAGCCUUCUUGGGUUUCUUGAGAAUCUAAGGGAUGAGUUAAAGAAAGCUGAUCAGAAGAAUUCAAGAGGAAGUUUCUCUGGUUUUAGCAAUGUUCAAGACCAGCUUGUUCGAAGACUCAUAGCUUCGUUAGAGCGUGUUGCUGCUGAGACUAAUCUUCUCACUUGUCUUCCAUUAUCAUCACCUUCCAUUGAUGGUGCUGAACCACCAAGCCACGUAGCUAAUUCCACCAAAGCCCCGCUUCUUGGAAGAUCCAACGAGCAAGAGAUGAAGAAGAAAGGGAAAGAUCACGUCAACACAUUGAGAGGCGUUGUUGAGUUAGAGGAAAAAACGAAAUCUAAUGAUAGAGGUAACGUUACUGAAUGCUCGAAUGCCUCAUCUGCAGCAGCCACAGCAACAUAUGUUCCGAGUAGGGGGCGAUCUAGUGGCUCCCAGAGCAUUGAAAAGAAGUGGCGGCGUCAAGUGAAGAUUGUUCUUGCCAUUGAUGCAGCUAUUUGUUUGACUCUACUUGGUGUUUGGUUGGCCAUUUGUCAGGGCAUUGACUGUACACGUUCUUGAUUAACAAGCCCUCUUCUCCUCUUCCAGAUUCAAGAUGACUUGAUUGAUUGAUCUAUUCUUCUUUCUCAUAUGUUUUUCCUCUUCUGCGAUUCUGUUUUAGAGUCUGCAGUUUGACAUACUUUGUACCAUUGUUGAUUGUAUAUGUAGGUAAGAGGCUCAAGUUUCCACCUUGGUUUGUGUAUGUAUGAUUUGAUGAUUGUGUUCAUAUGAUUUAGUGAUUCGUGAAACAAGUUAUAACUAGGAUAAGACCUGCUCAAGG